CAGAAGAAGAUGAUGGUUGCAGCGUAAUCAUGGCCACAGCUGAUAGUGGGGCAAAGCCCCUUCAAAAUGCUAUGAAAAUGGCUAAAGUCGCAAUACAUCUGGACGGAGAGAACAAACACAAGGAAGCAUACUGUGAAUACCUCCGGACGAUAAACUACAUAUCACAUUCACUGUUGGAGGAAGCUAGUUCGCAAGACUCAGAGGAUGGGGACGUGGUGGAGGUGGAGCGGAUGCUGAGGCUGGCCGAGCAGUGUCUGGAGCGAUCCAAGUCCUUUUUGGGGAAGAGAAGCGAGCCGCCCAACCUCCCCGCCGCCUCCGCCUCCUUUUCCCAUUUACCUGGCCAAUCAGAGCAGAGCCCUCUCCAACCGGCCGCCAUUGCAGCAGACGCCGCCCCUUUAUCUGAUAUUCCUGUCAAAGCAACCGGUCACCACAGGGUGCUGUCAGAUGGUGAUGGGGAGGUCUCCCCCUUCCUGCCUCCUGAGGUUUUCCAGAGACUACAAACUGUGGAAUCACAGGACGCAAGCAAAAAACCGCUGACACCCAUUGAAGAAGCAUCACGUUUGAACCAGAAGUUGAAAGCCAAUUAUGAAGCUCGUCUGGCGAGGCUCACACCUGGUCAGGCCUACCAGAAGACGUCUUUGACGCUGUCUCUCCAGCGACAGAUGAUGGAGAACCUCAUCAUAGCCAAAGCCAGACAAGAUGCUCUCCAGCGGAAGAUGGAGGAGAGAAGACUGAGGCUACAGGAGGAGGCCAACAGGAGAUUUGCAGCAUCUGGUGGGAUGACCACGGAGGAGCAGGAACAGCGUAUUCUCUACGCCAACGUCCUGGAAUAUGAGCAAGACCACGAUUGGCCCAAACUGUGGAAAGCCAACAUGAGGAAGAAUCCUGAGGAUGACGCGUUGGUCUCGGGUCUCGUCUCCUACCUGCUCAGCCGGUCGGACCACCCGGUGGUGAAGCUGCUGAGGAAACACCAGUACCGCGUCUACAACAGGCUCUACCCCAUCGUCAGUAAAGGCCUCCCCCACAGCCCUGCCCUGCCGCUGAGGCAUUCCUGCAGCACCCACAGCCUGCAUCAUACAGAAACCCAGAAGAGACCGACCAGGGGCAGCAGCCUCGGCGGAUACAGCUUCAGCGCGGGCUUGUCGCCCUCCCGCUCUCACCACUUGCAUUCAGACUACGGCGACGAAGAAGGCGAGGAGCCUCACGAGCAGGCGAGUGUGGAUCGGGAGAACUCGUUUGAGGAUCUGGAGCAGUUCCUGACCCAGCUGGACUGGGCACCGCUCCAUGGCAGCACGGACGACCCCGGUUCUUGUUCUGAGCUGACCUUCGACCCCUCAACGCAGCGAGAGCAGGAAGUGCUGGAGCUCGAGAUGAGGGCGCUCACAGAACACCUGAAGGCUGUGGUCAAAGACAUUCACAUUGCAAUUGAUCAGCUUCUGUCACUGUGUUUGCUGUCUUUUGAGUGUCUAAACACAGCCAGCUCCAAAGACCUUUGCCUCGCCAUCAUCGAGGAAGCCUUCUUCACGCCGUUGUGGAGCGCCCUGGUGGUUCUUUUCAGGAGGGUCCACCGGGAACGGGAGCAGGCCUUUGAAGCAAGCAUGGAGCGGUACCGGGAUGCCUCGCCAGCAGACGUCGGCGUCCCAUUGAAACUGUUUCCCGGUGACCCUGACGCACUACAGGGAUCCUACCCCUACGAGUCUGCCGUUCAGGAGCUCAAGCUUCUCAUCAAAGACUGCUGUCCGCAGAGGAAAUUGGAAUGUAUCGUUCGGACAUUGCGGCUGAUCUGUGCCUGUGCUGAGGAUUACAGGUGCCUUCACGAGGUGGACUCCCUCCAAAAAAUAGCCGCCAUCGGGGCUGAUGACCUGCUGCCCAUCCUGUCCUUUGUGGCCCUGCGGUGCCAGUGUCCUCAGCUGGUGUCUGAAUGCGCUGCUCUGGAGGAGUUCAUUCACGAAGGCUAUUUGAUCGGAGAGGAAGGCUACUGUCUGACCUCCCUGCAAAGUGCUUUGGCCUACAUCGAGUCGUUGCACACCGGAGGAGCUUCUCAUCCUACAGACAACCCCUUCUGAAAAAGGCAGUCCUCCAGACGGCUUUUCCCGACUUCCCUCCCUGCAAGCUGUGCAGACGCAUGUUACACACUGGGUACAUUUAACAAGAGGACUUCCCGGUCCUGUGCCUGGCUUCUACACCAAUCAUGAACCUGGAAGGAGGUGUUUUCAUACUGUAAGGCAUUUGUGAACUGGGUAGCAUUGGAUAGUUAGAGGUUUGGGGACCACCUUGGUGUCAUCUUGGGGAAUCUUUGGAAGUGAAGCCAUCAAUGAUGCAAUGCAAGCAGUGCUUUUUUUUAGCACCUAAAUAUUCUAGUGUAUCAUUUUCAAAUGCGGCUACAUUUGUGCAUGUGUGCAUAUGUUUUAAAGCUGGUGCCAAAAUGAUCCACAAAAAUAUCAAUUUCUGCACUUUGGGUGUUGAGGCUCCAUUGGAGGACGACUUUCAGUUUACACAGAGGAGCUAGUUGCAAAUGGACUCUCCUCCGAGAGACUUUGAGUUCUGAUACUGUCUAACAAGAUGUGAGACACUAGAGGAGCACAGGGUGAAGACUUGUUAGCUUGGUACACCAUGCUUGUUCACAUUUAUUUAUGCAUACGGCACUAUGGUUAGCGUGUAAGAUCAUUUACAAGCAGGGCCACAGAUAUACGAUCUUUUAGUGCCGGGAUUCAAAAUGAAAGUGUCUGCUCGUAGAUGCAUGUUGAGGCUCCUAUAAAAUGUCAGUUCUUUAGAGAUAUUUCACUUUUUGGAACUUCUCGUGUUUUUUUUGUUUUUUUUUAAUGCUUGUGGCUGUUCACUUGAAAGAAUCUGGUGUUACAAUAUAACAUUUUUUAUCCUGUUCCCUGCAGAUCAAGUUUACUUACGUGAUCAUUAAUUAAUCAUGGAGUCUUGAGUAAAUGAUGGCUAGUGAUUAAAUUAUGCUUAAAUGGAUUUCUAAAAUAUCAAGAAAAUUGUUGUUUGAAAGAAAUGAAGCAGGCUUUAAUUCAGUUCACUUCAUUUUUAUACCUUGUCAUUAUAUACCUUUGGUUUGAAUUUAAUAUUUUCUAUUUAGCAUGGAUGCAAAAAAUGUAAAUAGAUGUCCAACAACUUUUAUGGGUUUACUGCCUAAACACUAAAAAUCUGCUGUCUGUGUAAAAAUAUAAUUUUUAAAAAUGCUUAUUUUGCAAAGUGAUUAAGCGGUGCAUAGGAUUUAUUGUACAUUUUGCAUUGCUUUUGAAAAGUGAAUACGAAUGUCAUUGUUACGUUUAUUAAACCAUUUUACUGUGAAAGGGUGGGAAUGUAAGAAUGAGAACAAUGAAUGUGUUUUGAGAAAUAAAUAAAUAAAGAGAUAAUAUUUAA